AUGGCACCUGCUAAAGAACAAGAAUCCAAAAGAACGUCUACCGAGACUUCGAAGGAGCCUGUCAAGGACGAAUCGAAGCCCAAGGUGGACGACAAGACCGUGGAGGAGGAAUUAAACGAAGAGGAUCUCCAGCUCAAGUCGGAGCUGGAGAUGCUUGUUGAUAGACUGACUGAGCCGAAAAAGGAGCUGUAUUCGUCGGCAUUGGAGAGUCUGAAACGGUUCAUUAGAGAAUCCACGUCGUCGAUGACCGCAGUGCCAAAACCUUUAAAGUUCUUAAGACCUCAUUAUUCUACAUUGACAGAGACCCACGAGAAAUGGACAGAUACCAAGCUCAAGUCGCAAUUGGCAGACAUCUUGUCUGUUUUGGGAAUGACCUUCAGCGAAAAGGAUGGUGAAUCCUAUAGCAGAGAGUGUUUGAAAUACAGAUUGUUGAGCAACAUCGACUCGACAUUAGGAGAAUGGGGCCACGAGUACCUCAGACACUUAUCAUUGGAGAUCGGCGAAGAGUACCAGGAUAACCUCGAGUCCGGUGUUAAUAGAGAAGAAACAAACACACAGCAAUUGAUCAAAUUGAGUUUGGAAAUCGUGCCUUAUUUCCUCAAACACAACGCAGAGGCAGAGGCCGUGGACCUGUUGUUAGAAAUCGAGGAGAUUGAGAAGUUGCCGCAAUUCGUCGACAAAAACACAUACAACAGAGUCUGUUUGUACAUGGUUUCGUGCGUUCCAUUGUUGGCUCCUCCAGAUGAUCUCGCCUUCCUAAACACAGCCUACAGUAUCUAUUUGGCCAACGACAAACUCCCACAGGCAUUGAGCUUGGCAAUUAGACUGGGCGACGAAUCUUUGAUCAAGUCUGUUUUCGAGGCCACCAGCGACGAGUUAGUGCAAAAACAAUUGGCUUUCAUGCUUGCUAGACAAAACUCCUGUUUCAAGAUCGACAACGAGGCCGUUCAAGAGUGUAUUUCCAACGUCAAGUUGAGCGAGUACUACAAAUACCUUGUUAGUGAGCUCAACUUGUUGAAGCCGAAGGUUCCUGAUGACAUUUACAAGACUCACCUUGAGAACUCCACAUUUGGCCACACUUCUAGAUUGGAGAGUGCCAAACAAAACUUGGCCGCAGCUUUCGUUAGUGCAUUUGCCAACGCCGGUUACGGAACAGAGAAGCUGAUCAGCGACGAGAAGUGGAUAUACAGAACCAAGGGAGAAGGAAUGCUUUUGACCACCGCAUCUUUGGGUUUGAUCAACCUCUGGGACGCAAACGAGGGUCUUCAAACUUUGGACAAGUACUUGUAUUCCGAACAAAGCGAGGUCAGAGCCGGUGCUCUUUUGGGAAUGGGUAUUUCUACCACCAGUGUCCACGACGAGGUUGACCCUACUUUGUUGUUGCUCCAGGAUUACAUCAGCAGCGAUUCUAACAUAGACUCCAAGAUGAUUGUUUCUGCCAUUACCGGUAUUGGAAUUGCAUUUGCUGGAAGCGAAAACGAGGAGGUGAUGAACCUACUGUUGCCGCUUGUGUCUGAGCCUUCCGUUUCCAUCGAGAUCCAAGCUCUUUCUGCCUUGGCCUUGGGUCACGUUUUCGUUGGAACUUGCAACGGUGACAUUACAUCCACUAUUUUGCAAACACUGUUGGAGAAGGAGACUUCGGAGCUCACUUCGAAAUGGAUCAGAUUCAUGUCUCUUGGACUGGGACUUCUGUACAUGGGCAAAUACGACCAAGUUGACGAUGUUCUCGAGACCAUUGAUGCCAUUGACCAUCCUAUUUCCAAGACCUUGAGAGUGUUGGUGAACAUUUGCUCUUAUGCUGGAACAGGUAACGUUUUGCAGAUCCAAUCGUUGAUGCAACUGUGCACGGUGAAACCAAAGGAGGACGAGGACGAGGAAGACGAUGAGGACGAGAAGAAGGACGAGGACAGAGAAAAGACCGAAGAUACCAAGGAAGAGGCAGACACCCAGGAGGACGAGUCGUACCAGGGCUACGCUGUUUUGGGACUUGCGUUGAUUUCGAUGGGCGAGGAAAUUGGACAGGAAAUGUCGUUGCGCCAUUUUGGACAUUUAAUGCAUUACGGUACGCCGUUGAUUAAGAGAGCUGUUCCUUUGGCCAUGGGACUUGUUUCGUCCUCGAAUGCACAGAUGAAGGUGUUCGACACUCUGUCGAGAUACUCGCACGACCAGGAUCUGGACGUGGCAUACAAUUCUAUAUUUGGUAUGGGAUUAGUUGGUGCUGGAACCAACAAUGCCAGACUUGCGCAGCUUUUGAGACAAUUGGCCUCUUAUUACGUGAAUGACCAGAAUGCCUUGUUUAUGACGAGAAUUUCGCAGGGUCUUGUGCAUCUGGGUAAAGGUACUUUGACUCUGUCUCCAUUCAACACCGAAAGACAGAUUCUUUCCAAGGUUUCUCUUGCGUCUUUGUUAACGGUGACCAUUGCUCUUUUGGACCCAACCUCGUUCAUUUUGGACCAGAACUCGAGCUUGCUGUUCUACCUGACUCCUGCCAUCAAGCCACGCAUGCUUGUGACUGUGGACGAGGAGCUGAAACCUUUGAAGGUGAACGUGCGCGUGGGACAGGCCGUGGACGUUGUUGGCCAGGCCGGUAAGCCAAAGACCAUCACCGGAUGGGUGACUCAUUCCACGCCGGUUCUUCUUGGAUUCGGCGAGAGAGCAGAGCUCGAGAACGACGAAUACUUGCCACUGACUGGUUUUCUGGAAGGAGUGGUGAUACUCAAGAAGAAUCCAGACUACAUGGAGGUCGACAACUGA